AUGCAGAGUUUCUCACCAACGCCUCCGUCGGUCCCAACCAAUCAGUAUCAGCAAGGAUCGUACUUUACUAUGCAAGAUGUUGAAGGCCAAGGCCAUAACAUUGCUGCCCGAGACGUGCUGCGCAAGAAAUCUCUAAGUCGAAGCACGGAUGCUAGACGUAGCUCGGUCGGGGCAGACCCUGUUGCUGCCCAACGUGGAUCACCUUUGACGCAACAAACUGGGCAGGGUUAUAAGAAUGCACCUCAGGGAGUAUCACGUUCGCAGUCCCUUCGACAAUUGCCUCAAGGAAAUGUUGCAGCACAAAAACAACCCCCCACUGCGCCUACGCCACCACCACAGGGACAGCAAGGCCUAGGACGCAUCGAAGAGUACGAAGAAGCACCUAGCGCAACAGUGAGCCGGUCUUCGACUGUGAGUGUAUCAACAGACAUGAGGAAGGGAUCAGUAGGUUCGUCUGUGCAACCGAGUCCGAUGGGAAGUCGAAGAACAAGUUGGCAAGCUGAGAGCCCGAAAAAUGUUUCACCUAUCCAGUUCCAAGGACAGCAGGACCCGAUACCACAGGACCAUGCAGGACAGCCUAUGCAUCAAAUACAAGCUCUUCCAGGUGCUCCUAUGGCAGCUCAGAAUCCGAAGCAGUUGCAGCGAAAACCCUCACAAGGACAUGCACCCCAACCUCAAAACCAACAAAUGUCUGCCCGAGAUUCGGGAGCACCUCAGGGAGUUCCUCCACAGCAAGGCCCUGGAUCACAAGGGCAGCCUAUGCAAGGUCAGGUGAUACCACCCCAGGUUCAAGGCAAAGUUCCACAUCCUGGGCAGAUAUCUACGCCAGUGCAGAAUGUUCUCCAUAAACCUCCUCCUGCACCUGCCCCAACACCUCCAGCGCUAGCCCCUAAGCCUGCACCAACGAGGUUGCAAAAACGCUCGUCUUAUCCAGCCAGUCCAGCAGGGCAACUACCUCCUCAGCCCCAGUUCCCACCGGGACCUGUUCCUCCUGGGCAAAUGCAACAAGGUCCAAUGACAGGCCCAAUACCUCCACAAGGACAGCAACAAAUGGCUUACCAUGGCCAAGGUUCCAACGGGAGAGUGCAACCGCAAGUCCAGAUUCCUCCAAACCAACAACAGUGGCAGCCUGGCAUGCAGCCUAUGACUCCUCAGGGCUCUCGCCCAGUCUCUAUGCAGAUGCCAACUCAGGCUUCACAAAGCUCACAAAGCGCUGGGGCAAAGGAAGGCAAGGAGGGAAAGAAGUGGCUCAAGUGGUUGAAGGGUGGCUCCAAAUCUGUUUCACAUAGUCCAACCACACCAGUAAUUUCUUCACCUAUAUCACCUCCUGUUGGACGUCCCAGUUGGGGCGGUGGAGAGUAUGCUCAGCAAGCUGUAUGGCAGCCCGGACAGCCUAUGUCUUCUGCACAACCAGGCUUCCAGGGAAACCCAGUUCCUCCUCAAUCUCAGCCUGGGCAGAUGCAUCAACCACCUCAGCCACUAGCUCAUCCCGCCCAGGCACCUCCUCAGCAUGGCCAGAUGGGUUCCAGACCUGGUCAACCACUUCCUCGGACUGGACCACUACCGCAUCAAGCCGCUCAGUUUCCCCAGACCGAUCAAUUGUCACAGCAGCCAAGCAAAAUGCCUCCCCAUCCUGGAAAGAUGCUUCAUCAAGGAGGGCCUCCAGCCCAGCCAGGCCAGACUCUCACUCAAGCCAUGCAACUGCCCCCUCAACAACGGCAAACACCUCAAUACAGACAGAUACCACCACAGCAGGGACAGACAUAUAUCCAGACAGGGCCAGUACCGACUCCAUCGAGCCAAAUUCCUCCUCAAACAAUGCAGGUUCCGCCCCAGAACCGACAGCCACCUCCCCGACAGGAACGAAUGCCCACCCAACAGGUUCAAGCGCAACCGCAGUCUGACCAAAUGACGCCUAGACCUGGCCAACUUCCUCUCCCAGGUCCAGCAUCGAGAGAUGGACAGCCCGAGCCUAGAGGCUACUCAAUGGGAGGGCCAUCUGUAGAAGUCUCGGCUACACAGCCUAUGGCUCUACCUCACAAAGUGCCAGAAACUUCCAGGGCUCCUCCUGUCAGAGUUGAAACGAGCAACAUUUCUCAGCGACAGGCGGCACCUCAAAGGCAACCAUCCCCAGCCCAACGACAGACUUUGGAACAAGCACCUUUGCCUCAGUCUCAAGCUCCCAAACCGGCUCAACUUCCACAAAUUGCUGCAUCAAACACCCUUCAACCUCAGCUAAACAGCGAGAGGGCUAUAUCUCCACCCCCGCCUGCAGUAAGCCCCGGCUUGUCUGACGCGGCGGCUUCCUCGAUAAGUCGCAUGUCCUCCUACAGAAGAGACAGCUUCUCGGACGCUGGAUCAAUCACAACCAUCGAGGUGGCUCAGGCCCAGCCACAGCCUGUUUUGAAACCUUCCAUCGUUCAAGUUCACAGGAGAUCAACUGACAUGAUGAGCAAAUCUCAAAUCCAUCUGAACAACGACUCUCAGUCAAGCUCGGAUGUGACUCCGAGAAUAUCCGCAGAGACUGCUCGUGUGGGAACAGAGGCUGCUCCACCUCCCUCAAACCUACAAUAUCAACAGGCUGCUUCUAGGCCUGAGCCCAUACCUCAGGUCAACACUUCCAAGCACGAUAUCACUACAGCACAUUUGCCCUCCAAACCCGACGAGCCAAAGUUCGUUCAACCUCAUUCACGGGACCAACAUAUGAACAAGGAAUCAGCACUACACAAGGCUGAUCAUCGCUCUGCGGCUUAUGCAAACCCCAGUAUUCAAAAUCAACACAGGAACAAUAAUACCAAACCAAUUUCGCACAUACCUCAACCGGCACCUGCCAAGCCAGCCGCAGAAGACAAAUGGGCAAAGAAACCAGUAGUAGACUAUUCUGGUGGAGAUUGGGGAGAUGACGAUGACUGGGACUACUGA